AUGUUUCCACCAGGCCACCAGAAUCAAGACCCUGACGCUCCUAUUAGGGCUACAGACAAUGAUGCUGCGGUAGCGAGACUCUCGGCUGUCCAGAAGCAUUACCUCCAUGAUCCCUUCGUCCGUUAUCUGGUCCCCCGUGCCCACCUCCAACCACCGCGUCCGCCACUAAUUAACAUUGGGACGUACGUGCGGACGGCGGCUAUCGACUUGCUCGUGGACGAAUUUAUUGACCUGGCGAAGCAAUCAGGACAGAAAUGUCAGAUUACAGGCCCACGCAAAGAUGAUUUCUCAACCUACAUAGAGGUUGAUUUCCCAGAGAUUGUGACCAGGAAGGCUAUGGCCAUCCGGAAGAGUAAGGAGCUCAACGGUGGUCUUGGGGACCCUGCUCAAGUCAAAGUCGUGGGCGGUGGCACGGGGCUUCAUUCAGCCCAGUACCAUCUCCUCUCCGCCGAUCUGAGGCGACCCCCUACUGAAACUCUCGAGCCACUGUUCACCUCGACCGAACAUGGAGUCGAUGGCCAGCCUCUACUGUCUCCUUCGCUCCCGACCUUCCUUCUCUUUGAAUGUGUCCUGGCGUACAUGGAGCCGGGUGCAUCAUCAACCCUCCUUGAAUGGUUCGCGGCGUACGUUUCCAAGGGUGGAGGCAUUCUCGGGUGCUUGAUUUAUGAAAUGUUUAAACUGAAUGAUGCAUUCGGUCGAGUUAUGCUGGCCAAUCUGCAGGCCAGAAACGUAACUCUACCAGGUGCUGAACCAUUCACGACAUUGGAAAGCCUAUCGAAGAGGUUCACGGAUACCGGUUUCACCGCAGCGCGAGCACUGACGUUGCGGGAAAUCCGUAGGGCAUAUAUCGACGAAACCGAAUUGGAACGGAUUGCAAAAUUGGAGUUCCUGGAUGAAACCGAAGAACUCGAUUUGGUGUUGGACCACUAUGCUAUUUCCUGGGGGCUCUUGAUAUCUUCAGAAGACAAGUCGACAUGGGGCAGUUGGGGAUUGAAACAAAAGCGAGCGUGA